AUGGAAAAAUCAUCUCUUGGAGAAAAAGGAAAAUCACCAUUUAGAGAUGGAGAAGGAUCCAUUCUUGACGAAGAAGUAGAAAAACUGCUCAACGAAUUAACAAUUUCAGGUUUUUCUUCAAUUUCUUCCUCUGCUAAUUCUCGAAAUUUUUCUGCAAAUUCAUGGGAACAGUUAGAACUCGAAAACUGCCCAAAAUCUGAUCCAAAUGACACAGUUUUGAUCAGAAAAGGGGCUGAUUUCGACCCCAAAGGGCCCAGCCAAAACGACGUCGUUUCACAGAGGAACAAUGUUGUUUCACUCGCACAGUCCUCUACGAUUCUAGAUCUCCACAGUGACGCCGAUUUGCGCCCGAUCCGACUUGGCCCGAAGUGGAAAUACGCGGCCCACAAGACCAUAGUUCUGGAUCUAAAUCCAAGCCCGAAUUCAAACCUGGCUCUUGACCCGCACGCAAACUCACGGGUAAAACCCUAUUCGUUUCGCAAACUCACGAGUAAAACUAAAGGGAAUUUCAAAAACAAAAGAGCAUGCUACAGAUGUGGAAAGACGGGAUAUUUUAAAGCAAAUUGUCCAAAGACCAAUGGUGGCAAGAAACAAAAAGAAAUUGCUAUGACAAUUACUGAAGUAAUGAUGGUUGAACCGACUACAAAUUCAUGGUGGAUAGAUUCAGCGACAACAAGACAUAUUACAAGAAGUCGCAAAUUUUUUGUUGAUUUCAUAGAAAAAGCAGUUGAUGAACACAAAGUUUACAUGGGCAACAAUACUUACAAUGAUGUCUUAGGUGAAGGAAAAAUGUAA